AUGCCAGUGAGCGCGACGAUGGGGGUGAUGAGGCCCCUGCUCGGCAAGCUCGCCGCCCUGGCAGGGGAAGAGUACAGCAAGCUGAAAGGGGUGAAGAAGCAAGCGUCCUUUCUGGAGAAGGAGCUCAGCGCCAUGAACGCCGCCCUCGAGAAGAUGGAGCUCAUGGACGAGCUCGAUCCGGUUUCUAGAGACUGGAGAGACCACGUCAGGGAGAUGUCCUUCGACAUGGAGAAUUGCAUAAAUGACUUCAUGCGCCAGUUUGGAGGUGGUCAUGUCAAGGUAGGCUUCAUCAAGAAGACUGCUCAACGUCUCAAGUGGUUGGGACGACAGCGUCACCGUAUUGCUGAUCGAAUGGAGGAGCUUAAGGUUCUUGCACUAGAGGCAAAUGACCGACGCAUCAGGUACAGCUUUGAUGAAUGCAAUCCUAAUUCUAGCCUUGUGUCUAUUGAUCCUCGGAUGUCGGCCAUAUACGUGGAAACAACUGGCCUUGUGGGGAAUGAUGGUCCAAGGGAGAAGCUUGUCAAUUUGUUGACAGAUACCGAGGAGAAUCUCAAGGUGGUGUCUAUAUUGGGAUUUGGGGGACUGGGUAAAACUACACUUGCAAAAGAGGUGUAUAAUCAAAUCUGGGGGAAAUUUGACUGUAAAGCCUUUGUUCCCGUAUCACAAAAGCCUAAUAUGGUAGGGCUUCUCAAUCGACUACAACUAAAACUUGGGAUGGAGGGGUCUUCUCAGUCUUGUGUGGUGGAUGACAUCAUUGACGACCUCAGAGAAUAUCUCAUAGAGAACAGGAAGAGGUACCUUGUUGUAAUUGAUGACUUGUGGGACCAGUCAAAAUGGUAUACAAUCAGUCGUGCCUUUCCUGAAAAUGCUAAUGGGAGUAGAGUAAUAGUAACCACACGGGUAGAAGAUGUGGCUUGUGGAGCAUGUUACAGUCGCCCUGAAUGCAUUUAUAGAAUGAAGCCCCUGGAUGAGAAAGACUCAAAAAAGUUGUUUUUCCGUAGAGUAUAUGGGUCCGAAGAUGAUCAUCCGUCCCAACUUGAAGAAAUCUCGACUGAAAUUUUGAAGAAGUGUGGUGGACUCCCACUUGCAAUCAUUACUAUAGCUAGCUUAUUAGCUAGUCGUCCGGAAAGGUUAAGGGAUGAGUGGGAGAUCAUUAGGAACUCUCUUGGAACCCAGUUUGCGGUAAAUCCCACAUUGGAAGGGAUGCGGAGUAUAUUAAACCUCAGCUACAUUCAUCUUCCUGUUCAUCUUCGGGCAUGUUUUAUGCACCUUGGUAUAUAUCCAGAAGACAGCGAGAUUGAGAGGGAUGAUUUGGUUCGGCAAUGGUUAGCUGAAAGAUUUGUUAGUAAUUUGCAUGGGCAAGACAUGGAAGUUGUUGCAAAGAGCUAUUUCAAUGAGCUUGUCAACAGAAGCUUGAUUCAGCCUCAAUAUACUGACUAUGGGGAGUUGUUAUCGUGCAGAGUACAUGAUAUGAUGCUCGAUUUGAUCCAAAGCAAGUGUGGAGAGCAUAAUUUUGUCAGAUUUGUAUGCAAUUCUGAAGACAUGAAAAAAGAGCAUGGUUGGAAGUACAAAGUCCGUCGUAUAUCCAUGAAUUUAAGUGCUGGUGAUGCAAGAGAUGAGACAACAUCCGGGACCAUCCCUUUUAGCAUGUCACAAGUUCGAUCACUUGCACACUUUGGAGGAUCCAAAUACAUGCCCCAUCUUUUGCAUUUCAAGUAUCUGAGGGUGAUUAGAAUCUCGGGCGAACUAUUCGAUACUACUGUCGAUCUCACUGCUAUUAGCCAAUUGUGCCUACUGAGAUAUUUAAAGGUUUCUGUCAAACGAUACAUAAGCCUCCCUACUGAAAUGCAAGGGCUUACAGAGCUGCCUAAAGGGGUUAGGAACAUGAAAUCACUUUGCACUCUGGAUGGCUUUGAACUACGGCAUCGACAGUUGGAAGAUAUUGAGGGACUCGCUGAGCUGACCAAUCUGAGGUGCCUGAGGCUCUUUGGUGUCUCGAGCAUAAGGGAAGAAGAGGUUGUUGCUUUGGCAUCCUCCAUUGGGAUGUUGCAUGACCUCACAUAUCUCCAGAUCGAUGGUAGUUUCUUUGAUACGAGCAACCUGCUGGGCUCUUUAUCAGAUCCUUCUCAUCAUAUCAAGGUACUUAUAAUUAAUGAGUGGAGAAUGCCUAGAGUUCCUAAAUGGAUUUGUGGUCUCCAAUGCCUCUCCUGGCUAGAUUUGAAAGUUGGCACGUGCACUGACGAGUUUCACGCUCUUGGGGAGUUACCUUCUCUCGUCCAGCUCAGUUUAUGGUUGGACAUUAUCCCUGAAGACAGCGUCGUCAUUUUCUCUGCAGGAUCCUUUCCAGUUCUGCAACACUGUGAAUGUAAUUCAGAGUAUGAUGUUACCGCCUACUUGGUCUUUGCCGCAGGGGCUAUGCCCAAACUUCGAAUCCUCAGACUACAAUUUGACGAUGGUCACUGGGGCGGCGCUGCGCCAGUUGGCUUGGAGCACCUGCUGAGCCUCGAGCGUAUCGAUGCAAGUGUCAGGUCCCCCUCCGAAUAUCUCAAACAAAUAAUCUCUGCGUUCUGGAGCGCUAUAAAGCUGAACCCAAACCGUCCUUCGCUUAAUGUAGGCAGGCUGUAG